CAAUUGCUUUCUACAUUCUAUCACCCAGUGUACUGUUCGUGACUGUGCUUCUUCUCGUUUAUCCACUCUUCUGCGUUUGUGCUUCUGAUGUCCCCUCCCUCAUAUAUCAAGCAAUCUCCUCUGACAUCACUAUUCUGAAGAAUCGAACAACAUUUGUACUACCUAUAGUACGACGACGACCAUAGUAAACUCAAGCAGACGGCACCAACACAAACCACCGCGAAAAUGCCUGGAGAAAUAAUUGAUAGACCAAAUCCUCAAGCAUUAGCUUCAAAUAUAUCGGGCUCGGCGACAGUAGAUGAGCUAGCCGUCAAGUUGGAAAAGUUACAAAUCCCCAGUGAUGCUUUAAGAGGACUUGAGGAAUUUCGCAGAGCUAGCAAUUAUAUUGCUGCUGGUAAGCAUUUACCCUAGAUGAAUGACUUGAAAUAUUCAACUAGUAGUUUCAUAGCUAUGAUUUUCCUUUCAGAUAAUGCUUAUUUGGAAAGAGAUCUUACAUUCGAUGAUAUUAAACCAAGACUUUUGGGUCAUUGGGGUACAUGUCCUGGUCUUACCUUAGUGUACGCUCAUCUCAACUAUCUCACCAAAAAGAAUGAUCUCGAUAUGAUCUAUGUUGUUGGGCCUGGUCAUGGAGCUCCAGCAAUUCUUUCUUCCCUCUGGUUAGAAGGUACUCUGGAAAAAUUCUACCCUAAAUAUUCCAACAAUAAACAAGGUCUUCAUAAUCUUAUUACUGGUUUCAGUACACCAUCUGGCUUUCCUUCUCAUAUCAGUGCCGAAGUUCCAGGGUCCAUUCAUGAGGGUGGAGAACUUGGAUACGCUCUUUCGGUUGCUUUUGGUGCUGUUAUGGAUAAUCCUGAUUUGGUUGUUGCCUGUGUAGUUGGUGAUGGAGAAGCUGAAUCAGGUCCUACAGCUACUGCUUGGCAUGCGGCUAAAUUUAUUGAUCCUGCUGAUUCUGGUGCGGUUAUUCCGAUUGUUCAUGUUAAUGGAUUUAAGAUUUCUGAAAGAACUAUUUAUGGUUGCAUGGAUGAUAAGGAGCUGGCCUCUCUAUUUACUGGUUAUGGAUAUCAAUGUCGAUUUGUUGAAGAUUUGGAGGAUAUUGUGAGUUGGGUACCCAAUGAUAUUGGAGACUAUGCUAAUAAUAUUCUAGGAUCGUGAUAUGGCAACAAGUAUGCAAUGGGCUUUGGAUGAGAUUCGUAAAGUUCAAAAAGCUGCCAGAUCUGGUAAACCAAUUAUCAAACCAAGAGUAUUUUCACCAUUUCGUGACUCAAGUUUGUGUACUAAUAUCAAAUAGUGGCCAGUACUUAUUAUGAGAACUCCUAAAGGAUGGAGUGGACCAAAGAUUGUUGAUGGAGAAUUUGUUGAAGGAUCAUUCCAUGCUCAUCAAGUUCCUCUUAUGGCCCCAAAAUCAAACAAAGAUCAACUUGCAGAUCUUCAAAAAUGGCUUCUCUCAUAUGGCCCAGCUGAAUUAUUCACAGAAUCUGGUGAUGUUAUCGAUUCUGUUAAGAAAAUCUUACCACCAGAACAUAAAAAGCUUGGUCAACGACCAGAAACAUACAAAAUCCAUGAAGUAUUAAAAGUACCAGAUUGGAAAAAGUAUGGUGUUGAGAAAGGAACCGAAGUUUCUUGUAUGAAAGCUAUUGGUGAUCUUCUUGAUCAAACUUUGGUUGAUAAUCCUAAAUCUCUGCGUCUCUUCUCUCCAGAUGAGCUUGUCAGUAAUAAACUUGACGCAGUAUUCAAACAUACUGGACGUGAUUUUCAAUGGGAUGAAUUUUCACAUACUCAAGGUGGAAGAAUUAUUGAAAUUCUUAGUGAACAUACAUGUCAAGGUUUCCUCCAAGGUAGAUUAUGUUCUGCCAUUUUCCUACGCAUUUAUACUGACCAUCUUCUAGGCUACACCCUUACUGGACGUACUGGAAUCUUUCCCUCUUAUGAAUCCUUCCUUGGUAUAAUUCAUACCAUGAUGAUUCAAUAUAGUAAAUUCAACAAAAUGGCUCGGGAAACACGUUUCCGUGCUGAUCUCUCCUCACUCAAUUACAUCGAAACCAGUACAUGGACUCGUCAAGAACAUAAUGGUUUCUCUCAUCAAAAUCCUUCAUUUAUCGGUGCUGUUUUAAACCUCAAGCCUACAGCUGCUAGAGUUUAUUUACCACCUGAUGCGAAUACUUUCCUCUCAACAAUCGCUCAUUGUCUCAAAUCAACCAAUUACAUAAACCUAAUGGUUGGAUCCAAACAACCUCAACCUGUAUUCUUAAGUCCUGAAGAAGCAAACAAACAUUGUCAAGCCGGCGCAUCGGUUUGGAAAUUCUGCAGUACAGAUGAAGGAUUAGAUCCCGAUGUGGUUCUCGUAGGUAUUGGUUCAGAACUCAUGUUUGAAGUAAUUGUCGCCGCCGCCUUACUUCGAAAAAAGUGUCCCGAAUUACGAGUCCGAGUCGUCAACGUUACAGAUUUAAUGAUUCUCGAAGCUGAAACUCUCCAUCCGCAUAGUUUGACCAGUGAUGAAUUUAAUAGUUUAUUCACCAAGGAUAAACCAAUUCAUUUCAAUUAUCAUGGUUAUAGUAAUGAGAUUAAGGGUUUACUUUUUGGAAGGCCAAAUUUGGAGAGAAUGAGUAUUGCGUGUUAUAAGGAAGAGGGUUCGACGACUACCCCGUUUGAUAUGAUGUUGAGGAAUGAGGUUAGUAGGUAUCAUGUUAUGGAAUGGGCGAUUAAAGGUGCAGCGAAGGGGAAUAAGAAGGUGGCGCUUGAGAUGACGGGUUGGUUGGGUGAGGUUAGAGGUAGUAGGAGUAGGGUUGGGGAAUAUAUUUUGAAGAAUGGGAAGGAUCCUGAGGGACUUUGAUACGCCGAUGUUUGAGGGACGGUUUUGAGAGGGAUCUGGA